UUGAGUUAGUAAAUACAAUACUCUGCAUAAAAUAGUUAUUCUGAUAUUAUGUAUUUAAUUAAUUUUUGUCAUAAUCUUAACUUAACCUUGUUCCAAUAAAGUUGCGAAUUUUUCAUGUAAAAUGUUUCAUUUUUCAUGCAAGAAAACUGCUUCGCAUGCUACCCUUCAAAAUUCCGCGAACGUGGUGUUUUAUACGUUUCUAUUGUGUCUUUGUGCCGAUCUGCAAAAUUAUUUUUGCACAUUAAAUAAAUAGUUACUAUCAUGUCAGAACUCGAAGAUUCCGUUGUUCCGCGUAAUAAAAAUAAGAAUUCCGUCGACAUGAACGAUGACGACGACGAGUACGACAAAGACUCCAUCGCCACUCCCCCAAGCGGAGUUAUCCGUCUAAAUGUAUCCAAGGCUGGAAUGGAAGGUCUUGAUUUGGACCGGAUAAACAAAAUUAUUAACGACACUUCCCGUGGUUCCAAGUUUUACGAACACAAAAAGAAAAACCAGGAACAAUUGCGUAAAAAAGUUGCUGAUAUGCAGGCUCAAGUUGCUGCGUUUUCUGCAGAAACGCUAGCCAAGGCUGAAAAACAAGCCGACGUACUCGCAAAACAAUUGGAGGACAAGAGAGAUUUGUCACGAAUUAUUGUACACCUGGACAUGGAUGCGUUUUAUGCUUCGGUGGAAAUGCGAGAUAACCCAAGUCUCAAGGAAGUUCCCAUGGCUGUUGGUGGAAAUUCUAUGCUUUGCACGUCCAAUUACCAUGCUAGGAAAUUUGGUGUUCGUGCCGGAAUGCCGGGUUUUAUUGCGAAAAAAAUCUGCCCGGACUUGACCAUUGUUCCCGUAAAUUUUGCCAAAUACAGGGCCGCCAGUAAAGAAGUUGAACAAGUUUUGGAAGAGUAUGACACCGAAACUCUUUCCGUCUCCAUGGACGAGGCCGUUUUCGACAUCUCGCGCUGCUUGGAGGAGAGAAAUUCCUUCUUGAGUGGAGAACAGUCCGAAAUGACCGCGUCCGAGCUGGUGGAAGAGAUUAGAACCAAAGUUUUCGAAGCUACAAAACUCACCGUGAGCGCCGGGAUCGCUGCGAACGGUUUACUAGCCAAAAUAUGCAGCGAUAUCAACAAACCAAACAAUCAAUAUUAUCUCGAAUGCAGUAUCGAAGCCAUAGAAAAAUUUAUGACGGAACUUCCAGUCCGAAAAGUUUGUGGAAUCGGUCCCGUAACGGAAGUAAUGUUGAAAGGAUUGGACAUCCAGACUUGUGGCGACCUUUGGAAAAAACGUGGAAUAAUUCAUCUCUUAUUCAAGCCUGCAACGGCAUCUUUCCUCCUCGCUGCCUCAAAAGGGGUUGCAGGUUCGUUCAUGUCGCUGGAUUCUGAAGGGGACGACGUGAGAAAGUCGAUUAGUUGUGAGAGAACUUUUGGAAAGGCGACCAAGGAAGAACUGAAGCAAAUGUGUCACGAUCUUUCCCAAGAAUUACAGAAGGAUUUGGAGAAGAAGGGCGCUACCGGAAAAACUAUCGCGCUGAAGAUCAAAACUACACAUUUCGACGUAAAAACGAGGGCACGAUCUAUUGCCGAGUAUACUUCGAAUGCCAGCACGAUAUACAAGACGGCUUGGUCUAUUUACAUUUCGUACGAGCAGGAAAUUCCAAACUUGCAGUUACGCUUGAUGGGAGUGCGAAUAUCAAACUUGCGAUUCCUCUCGGAUGAAGAUGACACCGAAAAUGGUGGAAUAAUGAAGCAACAAACCCUUUCGCAACUAUUUAAUAAACCUAAAAAAUAUACGUGUCCCUGUUGCGAGCAAGAAUUUGGCUGUAUGCGAGGACUCGGGACACAUUUGGAUGACUGUAUGUCAUUCGCGAAUAACAAUGGGCAAGUGAAACAAGAGGUGAAGAGUGAAAACGGUACCGAGGAAGAUCAUCUUCGACCCGAAGAUGAUCAUGGCGACGACGGACUUGAUACGACGUGUCACGCGACAUGUCCCGUGUGCAAUCGAUCCAUCAAAUUCAAAUCUGAAGAAGAAAUCGAGGUCAAGAUGAACACGCACAUUGACGAAUGUUUGAACGUCUCUGUCAUGAAAAGUAUUAUGCGUGAAGGGACGACAGAGCAGGACGCUCAACCUCAAUCCCAACUACCAUGCAGUAGUAAAUCCAUUUUUACUCCUCCGGUGUCAGGACAAACAGCCACAAAACGACACCUCGACCAAGAAGACGACCAAGUUCCGGUCAACCCAACUCCUACAAAAUUAAGGGCGGUCGAAACAGCAGAUGAAGCCCCUGCCUACUCGAGGUCAAAGCCAAACAAUACUCUAAAAUCCAAACCACGUAAAGGUCAACCUUCAAUCGAUUCUUUUUUCAAACGGAAUUAGGUAGUAAAAAUAUUGAUUUAUGAAUUUCUGAAUAAUUUAGUCGUUUGAUACAUAUUGCGUACACUCAGGCAUACUUUGGCUUUCCCUUGUUCUAAUUAAUCAAAGUCUUACAACUGUGAUAUUUCUCUUACAAAACGAAUAUUGUAUUGUGUUACAUGACCAGAAUAAAUAUUUGUUUCAUUGAAU